AUGGACUCAGCUAGCGAUCAGAAGAACUUGGGCAAUGUCAUCGGUGGACACAAGGCCAAUCUCCACAACCCCAGUAAUAUCUCAUCCUAUCUCACAAUACGUCUAUAACUAACGGUACCCCCAGACACCUCGGAAGAGGCCAAGCAGCACUCCAGGGAGGUUCUCGACGGGCUCGGUCUUGAGACCGGAACCUACACCAGCGGACCUGGCGAUGCAGACGUGAACAUUGGGGCAAAGAAUCCCGGAAACGUUGCUGGCGGGUACAAGGCGUAAGUUUGACCACUUGGCACUUGUAGAGGCGGGAUAUCCUGUUAACCCAUGAUACCAGCACCUUGCACAAUCCCAAUGUUUCCGAGGAGGCAAAGGAGCGUGCUCAGGAGAAGUUGGAGAAGUUGGAGAAGAUGGGAGCUGAAUAG